AUGGCGGAUAUCUCAGAAAUGAUUGAGUUCUUAUGGCGACCCCCACGAAUAAACACAGGGCCCAUAGUCAAGCGUCUAGUCAACGACAGAAAGGCCCCAGAGAACUUUGGGUAUUAUCGAAAUUGGGGUUUUACGGUUUACCGUACUUUCUAUGGCCCUGGCUCGGACAAACACUGGGACACAUUGAUUGACGCCGUGACUCGACAGACCUUACUUGCACUCGGCUACCAUGAAAAUGACAGAAUGUUCAAUGAGGAUAUUAAAAGAAACUGGGGAAAAUACAGCGACAAGAGCGAAUAUCUGGAGGAUAUAAAUCGACUGAAGAAGCUUUUUCGCCUCACCACCCGGGAAAAUCCGUUGUUGUUCGAUGGUCUCGACAUCCACCAAAUCCAAGAAGUCUGCCGCAGAGAGCUUCCGCAGGCUAGGGAAAAUAUAGAAGGAGCCAGGCAUUGCUUUGUAUUGGUUGCCGAUGAGAGGGUGCUGAAAGAUGUUGCAAAUUGA